AUGCAUACCGUUUUUCGUAUUGGCAGUAUUAUACAGAUCAACAACGAUAAUCGCCUGUGGCAGGUAGACUUAGUACAGAUCAAUGACAAUGAUCCGCAGCUAAAUGAUCUUACUGAACGGAUACGUAAUGAGAUUCGAGGAUCGACUGAAUGGGAUAGACUGGGUAAAUUGUUAAUUAAAAUGGGCCAAUUUGAUAAGGCCAAUGAAUUAUACGAAUUUCUUCUUGAUCAGACAUAUAAUGAUCGUGAGAAAACACAUUUUUAUCAUCAACUUGGAUGGAGCAAGAAAAAUCAAAGAAAAUAUGAGGAAGCCAUUACAUUUUAUCAAAAAUCACUUGAAAUUAAACAAAAAGUCAUGCCUCCAAAUCAUCAUUCGUUUGCUGUUUCCAUUAAUGAAAUCGGCUCAGUAUAUGAAAAGAUGAAUGAAUACACGAAAGCACUUUUGUAUUACGAAAAAGGACUUGAAAUUCAACAAAAACUUUCUUCGAAUGAUUCUGGCUUGGCAUCUACAUUCAGCAACAUUGGGUCUGUUUACGAAAAACUGAGUGAUUACUCAAAAGCCCUUUUAUUUCAUGAACAAGCACUUGAAAUUCGACAAAAUAUAGAUCCUUCAAAUAAUCUCAGCUUAGCUUAUUCUCACAAUAACAUUGGUUCUGUGUAUGAAAAGAUGAGCGAUUAUUCGAACGCACUUUCAUCUCACGAAAAAGCACUAGAAAUUCAGCAAAGAAUACUUCCGUCGAAUCAUCCUGAUUUAGCUCAAACCUACAGCAGUAUUGGUUUCGUGUAUGGUAAGAUGUGUCAAUACUCAAAAGCACGUCAAUUUCAUCAGCAAGCUGCUGAUAUUGGACAACGGUCAUUACCUGCCAAUCACCAUCGUAUUCAACAGUGGCGAAAGAGCCUCGACUAUAUAAAAAGAAAAUGUAACUGA